AGAGAGCUGCAGCAGAGCCAGACAGCGGGCAGUUUGCCUUGCCCCUCCGAGCAGGGAGAGCGUCUCGAGGUCGGUGAAUAAGCAGAAAAGCAGACGGAGAGCGGAGGGGGAAAAAGCUGCAUCAUUUAGAGCAUCGUGUGGCACAUGACCGCUGUCUCAGGGAAGGUGCCUGGGCGGAUGCUUCUCCCCUGAAGCGCGGGGAGGACAGGCUAGAAGGAGAGACAGGAGCUAUGGCUGCCGGGUGGAGCAGGAUGCGGGGACCCGGGUGGAGCAGUGUCGGGCCCGAGGUGGAACAGCUGACCCGGGAGCUGGCGGAGGCCAACCGCGAGAAGAUCCGAGCGGCGGAGUGCGGGCUGGUGGUUCUUGAGAAAAACCAGAGUCCGAAGCAGCAGUACGCUGACUUGGAGGCCGAGCAGGAGACGCUGAGGCUGGAGCUGGAGCAGCUGCAGGAGGUGGGCUCGGCAGGGGUAUGGCUCGUUACUCUAAGAAGGUUAAGGCUUAAUGGCUACCUCGUUGGGAUUGGAACAGGGACAGCUGCAGGGUCGGUGCCCAGGGCUAAUGAAGGGUGCCGAGGUGCAGAUCGGAAACCCGAGGGGGCAGUGACAUCUGAUCUCUUCAAUGAGAUCAACCUAACAGAGAUUCAGAGGCUCAGGCAGCAGCUGAUAACGGUUGAUCGGGAAAAAGUUUCACUAAUGACAAGUCUGCAGGAGUCCCAGACUCGGCUUCAACACACCCAGGAGGCCCUGAACGAGCAGCAUGAGAAGGUCCUCCGUCUGAGCCAGAGAGUGACUGCCCUCCACCACCUGCAUGGAAGAGCCCACCUGAUCCAGGAAGCAAACGCUAGUGCUACCUCUCAGCUCAACACUUUGGCCCUGAUGGACCUGGACAGAUAUGAGGAGGAACCUGAAGAUGAAGGAGAAACUGAGGAGGGUAGGAGUGAGACACUGAAAAAAAGUCAGGUAUUUUCAUACCACACACCUGGUCUGGAGAUCCUGCAGUGCAAGUACCGUGUUGCUGUGACGGAGGUGUUGGAGCUAAAGGAGGAGGUGAAAGCCCUGCAUGACAGACUGGCUCAAUAUGCAGAGGGAGCAACCGAGGAGAAGCCGAGGCGACGCGGCCAUCUCCAAAAGCUUGAGAGGCAGGUCUCCUCAUUGGAGAAGAGCUGCCAGAAGGGACAAGAGAAGACUUCUACCCUCGAGUUAAAGUUGCAGGCAGCUCAGUCGGCAGCCAAUGAGAGCCAGAGUGUGUUGAACGCAGCUCAGGACGAGUUGGUGACGCUAAGUGAGGAGCUUGCCCAGCUGUACCACCACGUCUGUCUGUGCAACAACGAGAUACCCAACCGUGUCAUGCUGGAUUACUACAGACAAGGCAGAGGGCUCCGGGGCCUCAGUGCCAGUGUCAAAGCCGUGUCUUCUGACAACAGCAAAGUUCUCCUUACACCACGCCUUGCCAGGCGGCUGGCCGCCGUUGUAUCAACAACCUUAACUCCUGUGGGAUUGAGGAGCGCCCCGCAUUCUCCCUUGAAGGAGCCCUCAUCUUGUAAGGGAAAGGAAGAGGAGAAGGUUUGGGAAAAGGAUGGUUUCCAGGUGCCAUCUGAGCAGAGCCUGCCACCUCCAACUCACUCACCCAGCAUCCGUGCCUCUUCAUCAUCAUCGUCAUCAUCAUCACCUGCGCUGGAGCCAGCUGCCGAGCUACGCAGGGAGCCCAUGAAUGUCUACAACCUCAAUGCGAUCAUCAGAGACCAGAUAAAGCACCUUCAGCGGGCAGUAGACAGGUCUCUGCAGCAGUCAAGACAGAGAGCUGCAGCCAGAGAACUGGCCUCUCUGCUAGACAAGGACAAGGAGAGCUUCAUGGAGGAGAUCCUGAAGCUCAAGUCUCUGCUCAGUACGAAGAGAGAGCAGAUUGCCACUCUCAGACUGGUACUCCGUGCUAACAAGCAGACAGCAGAGGGCGCCCUGGCCAACCUGAAGAGUAAGUAUGAGGCAGAGAAGUCCAUGGUGACUGACACCAUGAUGAAGCUCAGGAAUGAGUUGAAAGCCCUGAAGGAAGAUGCCGCCACUUUCUCCUCUCUGCGGGCCAUGUUUGCCACCAGGUGUGAUGAAUAUGUUACCCAGCUGGAUGAAAUGCAGAGGCAGUUAGCUGCGGCUGAAGAUGAGAAGAAGACUUUAAACUCCCUUCUUCGAAUGGCCAUUCAGCAAAAACUGGCCCUCACCCAGCGCCUGGAGGAUUUGGCUUUCGAUCAAGAGCAAACCCACCGCACCCGUGGGGGAAAGCUGAACCGUAUGAAGACCAGCACCCCUAAAGUAAGUCCCCCGGCCUUGCCUUCAGCCUCCAACAUAACCCAUGGCUCUACUUCAGUCUUGGCCCCUCUCAGCCUCCCGCUUUCAGAUUUGCCUAGUCAAAUGUCCAUUGUUCCUGAUGAUCCCACUGGGCCCCUUAGCCCAUCUGUGGUCAGUGUGGAUCUGGCCUCAGCUAUCACAUCCCCUAUGUCACACAUACCUUCUUGCAGUCCGUCAUCUGCAACGGCCUCUUCAUUUGAUGGCCCUCCGGCAACAGAUGGCCCCCCGUAUCUGAAGGCGCUCUCUCCCUCAGUGCGGGCACCGCCCUCAAUCCCUCUGAAGCUGGCUCAAUCCCAGUGGACCCUAGGGGUGCGGACAUUUGUGGUUGACCCCCACAGUUUCAGUGUCAACAUCUCCCCUGCUUUGUCCCAUAGUUUGGGGUCCUCCGGGCACUACAUUCCAGAUUUUCAUACCUCUCCCCCAUCCAUCACUACUGCAAAAAGACCCACGCAACCGGGAUCUACCCCCUCCUCUGCCUACAGGUCCCCCAAUUUGGGGCUCAGGCGCUCCACUUGGAGCCCUUCGCCCCGAACUCGGCCUCUGUCCAGCUUGACGCGUUCUUCUGUCCUCUACACUCCUUUCACACCCUCUCCUUACUCUUCCUCCCACAGCUAUUCCACUGCCUACUGUAGCGCCUCUCCUGCUUUUACCCCCUCUAGCUCCUUUCUCACAUCUGGUACCUCCUCCUCCUAUAGCCACUCUACCAACUACACGCCCCUCUACCCCAGACACUAUAGUUCAUACAGCCCAUGGCACUGACCCCAGGUACUAUAAACACUUUACAAGUCUUUUUUUCCCCACCAGGCUCUGUAAUGACAUUAAAACUGCAACUUUUUGUUUGAGUCAGGGCUCACAGAGAGGUGGACAGAGUGGUUUCCUGUGCCUAAGCUUUGGCCAAUGGCUUCUGAAUGUUAAGUGACUGCUCAGGGAUUUGACAAAAGGAGCACAAGAGGCCUCACCUUCCUUCAAUUCUGAAACUGCUGAUUGUCUACAGGGGAACGUUAAGAGACUUUUCAAUGAGUUUUUUAACAUUUAGAUUCUUCAGGUUGAGACCACAUGCAUUAAGUGAUUUAAAAAACAGACAUUCAAACAAUGACUGGACAUUUGGUACACACUUCAAUAGGUUUGAAUGAGGAGUAUCACAAAUUAAAUCCCUUCUAUAUGCAACACAAUAUCCAAUCUGAAAUCAUUAUGUACACAAACACUGUAAACUAGAUGUCUUUCAGUUCAAGGAUUAUCUUCCUUUGAUGAGGUACUAGAUUCCUAAGGAUUCAGUAUGAUUUAAACAAAUCAUUGAGGAAGUAUUUUCCAGUCCUGAAAUUAAGUUGUCUAUUGUGGGGGGAACUAUGUCCAAGAAGUUGAUUCUAGGCAUUGGCAGAUGCUGUGUAAAAAGUAAAAAGGGAGAUCCUUUUAUUGUUUUACACCUAUGCACAGAUUCUGGCCGAUAAGUCAGUCUAGUUAAAUUGUCAUUUCCAAAGUUUUGUCAGAUGUAGCAUCCUAAAUUAUGUCAAUUUAGGAUUGUGAGGGGAGGGUGUCAGUCAUUCCUACAAGCUUUCUUUGAAGCAUACUGACUCCUUUCAUGUUCCAGCUUUGAUCCUACUCAAGAAUCUCUAUUCGCACACACAUUUGUACGAUGAGACAGUUGUGGACGUGGAGUGAUCACCUCAAUGACAAUUCUUUAUUUCUUGUCCAGGGUUGUUGCUAUCAUCAGCUGUCCAUGUCCAGUGUUUUUUAUCUCGUAUAGCCAUGUACUCAGCUAUGCAUGAUCACGUUUGUAUACUCGUCUACACAGAAUCCCUCCCUCAUGCUUCCAUAUGUAAAAUUGAUCUGAAAGAGGGUGCACACUGUAUGGAAUGCUGUGGCAGGGAAGAACAAAUGAGAAGAAGAGCACUCAAACAUGGCAUAUCUAAGGAAUUGUACAAGUUGGCAUUGUAACUCUCCGAAAUUGCUUGGUGUUAGCUAUGAUGAUAUGUGUCUUUAUGGUUGGAAGUCUCCUUCUCGUCAUUUGUUAUUUGAACUUUCUUUAAAGCUUGGGUUGGUGAUUCUGAGAAACUAGAAGAAUACACUAGAUUAACAUGACCCAACCUAAAAGCCCGGCUCAGUGUUGUCAAUUCUUUUCCAAUGACAAUACCUAGCAGAGGUAGCUAGUUUAACCACCCUACAAAAUGGAGAUAUGAGCUCACGCGUAAAUUAAUAGCUGGCAAGUUGGGUAGGUAGACGGGAAGGUAGCCCGCCCAAUCAUUACAUAAUGAAUGAAUAAAAAGAUUGGACAGUCUUAUUAUAGUCCUGUGAGAGUCAGAAAUACUUAUUAUUUUUGUUUUUGUCAGAAUAUUUCAUUCAUUGAUUACUGUCGGUAUGUAGAAUUGAAAAAUGUAGAUGAAAGAAUUAAGAAGACUACCAACCCUGCAUUUAAGCAUAUCACCAAUUAAAAACACACCGCUAAGGUAACCAUUUAAUAAAAAAAAAAAAAUCGAACAACCAGAAAUCCUCAAGUCAAUUUCCAUGUCACCCAUUAGUUACAACUGACUUUCCUGAGAGCAAGAUGCAAACUCACAUUAGCACACAGUUUUUUUUGGAAAGAAAAUGUGAUAAUUUGUUUCCUUUGGCCCUGUCCCAACAAGACCCAUGCAAAUAAGGUCUCAGGAGCCAUCAUAUUCUUCGUUUGGACCUUAAACCAGACUACUGUCUCUCGAAUUUAACUUUCAGCGUAUUAGAGAUAACAGUGCCACUAGUGAUACAUUAUCUCAAAUUGUAAUGUAAAACAAAAAAUCCAAGCCAACCACAUCGCUAAUCAACUCAGCAUAUUUAUAUCUACACAGGAAGAGAAAAUUAUUCAACACUAUUUUGACGCACUAUCAUGGAUGACUUGAGUUAUAAUUGGGAACAUGAUGUUGUAUUCCCUUGUGGCCAGGUUCAAGCAGUCAUCUUCACAUCAUCACACAUGUUAAGGUUGUGUUAGCUCUUUUUCACUGUACUGCACCAAACUCAGGGAACGAGGCAGACCCAUUCAUCCUGUAAUGAGGAACACCAAAACCAGAAAGACUACUAACAACUGAGGGCACAUAUCUCCCAAAUGAGAUUACAAAAAUGUAAUUUCUUUAACCAUGGAUUCUCAAACUUUUUCAGUCAGAACCCACUUUGGACGAAGCAAAAUGUCCAUUGACCACUGGCCCAUCAAAAAUGUACAUGUUGAAUUAUUAUUGAAAUAACAUUUUGUGAGUCCUCCAUCUAUGCCUUCUCAAAUUAAUGGAAUUAAACCACAUGGCUCCAUUUAUUGUAACAAAGUUUAUCCUGUGAAAAACUAAACCAGGUCGGUUAAAAUCUUUGGCAAAACAGUUUUACGCUGCAUGUAUUUUCAAAACAGGGUUGCAGACUUGAUACGGCCACUCUCAAUUUAUGACCAAUAUAUUUAGCUUGUAUUAUAUUCAUAUUUAAUGUUGAGAGGCAACAGCAUCUGUAAUUUUCUGAAAAUAAUAACCUACCUUUAUUCAAUUCCACACCUUCAUCUCAGGCACAUUAUCUUGUCACUUUUUUCCAUUUUUGUGGGGAUAAUGACAGAUCAGUCAGAUAAUAUGUUUAACUGUGAUUUGAUUGUCAUUGAGAACACAAACUUUGCAAAUACUUACCCACGUUCUUUCAACUUCUCUUCGAUGUAAAUAUACCAACCUUCUCCCUCUGCCAUUAGAAAUUUUAAUGGUCACUUCUUUUUUUUUGUUCCAAUCUAUUCAUUCAGACUGUCACAGUUGUCGGUUCACUUUUGACUCCUGUCUAACAUUGUCAAUGAACACUCUUUUGUGUAAGUUUGAUGACAACAUGUUUUAAACACACUUAGUCUCUCCCUGUCCUUUACUGUACCCCAUGUGUCAUUUCAACAGGUAGUUAUCUAAUUUAUUUUUAUCUAAAUUAUUUCUAUUAUGUCACCAUGUCAAUGUUUCCCUUGUUUCAGCAAUUAGUACAGAUCGCAUACUUUGAAAUGUGCUUGUCCUGACUUAAGGCCAUCAUACUAUGUUAAAGAGAAUUUGAAUAUAUAUCUGCUUCACAGAACCUGGGAAUUUCUGCCACUAAGAAGCCGAUACAUUUUCUUUAUAGAAAAAAUGUAAAAAGUUGUUGGAUAAAGUAUUCUUGGAUACCAGAUAAAAUAAGACGUUUUAUAAAAUAAAAUCCUCAGACUUAAAAAGCUCACCAAGUGCUGGCAUGUUAGGGCCUUUGCUAACUAGCCAGCCAACUACAUGACAGCAGGCACUAGACAGAGAAGAGCAGCCUCUGAUGCCGCAGAGUCAUUGUUGACCCUUUGUAAUAUUAGAUUAAAAUUGCUUACAUUUAGUAAAUCUGAAAUUAGUUUGGCUGGCAUUCCACUGAUUUGUUGCUGUAACUGAAGUUUGAGCUAAGUGUCAAUCUUUUGUAAGACAUUUAUCAGCUGGUUUAAAAGGUUUAAGUAUGGCCUGGCACACUGCAAAAUGAAACAUUCCUCAGUUUAAGACUUCACACAUGAACUGUUCAUAUUUUUUUUCUUUAAUAAAUAUAAUUGAGGAAACAUGACUUCAUAAAUGUCUGAAUCUGCUCUUUUGCUUGACAGAAUGAUUUUUUAGAGCAAACCAAAUAAUUACAUUUGUAAUUAAUAAAACAAUGAAUUAACUA